GUCUCGAAAUGUUUUUCAUUUCCCUCUGCGCCGGUUUCUUCUUCAACGGGCUAAUCCAGCAACCACCGACCUGUAAAGCUUCUGAAAAUUUACCGGGCGGCAAUUAAUCCAAGCUUCAAGAAUGAGAGAGGUUCCGUCUUUGAUAUGCUUAUGCAUAGAGGCACUCAAGAAAGAGCUCAUCCACGGGGACCUUGAUGUUGUGCCGGCUGUUGUCUACGAGCUUCCGUGCCAUUUGUUCGAUACCUUGGUUUUGAGUUUGCCCCCAUUGGCCUUGCAAAAGUUGCAAACGCACAUGCCAUCUGAGGAUCGGAAUGACCAUGAGUUUGCUGACGAUUGCUUUAGAAAUGGAAGAAAACGUGGAAGGUGUUGUAAAUUUAACACAGCAUGGAUGGCGUUAUUCAAAUUGCGUUGGCCUGACCUUGUUGACCAUAUCAAACCAGUUGACUGGCAGCAGAUGUAUUGGGAAGCUCAUUUGCAAAAUUGCCUAGAUGAGGCUGCAGAGAUAGCUCUGAUUCCAUGUUUUAAUGGAUGUAUCGGUGACAUACAGAUUUCAGACACUAUAUUGAAAUGCAUUGGUUGUGAUGGACAAACAAAUCCUUUAACUUCUGAGUAUUCGAAGUUAUCCGAUCAUUGCCAACAUUUUGGGUGCUACACUAGAUGUUUGAGACUUCAAAAUAUACUUUGCACGACAGAAACUUGUCAUUUAUUGAGAAAUUGCAAGUUAAGGAGCUUGGUGCUAAGGUUGAUCAGAUCCAAAGAUCAUAUUGAUGGGAUUUGCAAACUUCUGAACCAGAACACUGAAACGUUAACAUCACUUGAAUUCAUUCACUGCAAGCUUUCUUCAGAUUCAUUACCUGUUGGACUUGAAUCAUUUUUAUCAUCAGGAAGGUCCUUGUGUUCAUUAAAACUCAGUGACAACCAACUUGGUCGGAAUUUCGCAAAUAUUGUCUUUUGUACUCUUCUUGAUGUUUCAUCCAGCAUAUCUGUCCUUGACAUUUCAGAAAACAAUAUAUCAGGAUGGCUUUCUAAUAUUAAUCGGAGAUCCUCAAGUGGCCCCUCCUCAUCCUUUGGAAUUGGCAAGUCCUUGCAAUCUCUACGUGUGCUCAACCUAAGGGGUUGUAAUCUACGCAAAGAUGACAUGGCCUGUCUAAGAUAUGCUCUGGUUCAGAUGCCUAACUUGGAAAUCCUGGAUAUAAGUGACAAUUUCAUUGAGGAUGAAGGAAUCAGAAGUUUAAUCCCACAUUUUAUUGAAGAUUUUGAAAGACGUUCUUCCUUGGCUGACUUGAAUUUGGAGAACUGCGAGCUUUCUUGCGAUGGUGUAACUGAACUUCUAAAUACCCUUUCAACCUUCAAAGGACCACUAAAGUCUCUAUCUCUUGCUGAUAAUUUCCUUGGCAGCCAGGUAGCAGUGGCUUUGGGACGCUUUUUGCACACAUCCAUUGAAAUACUGAAUGUUGGAGGUAUUGGACUUGGUUCAUCUGGUUUUCGGGAACUACAAGAAGGCAUCAUGGAGGAGUUGAAGCUAGUCAAAAUCAACAUAAGCAAAAACCAUGGUGGGAUUGAAACUGCCAAGUUUUUGUCAAAACUCGUGUCAUUGGCUCCUGAACUUACUGAAGUUAAUGCAGCAUCUAAUUUUAUGCCUAUGGAAUCCUUAACCCUCAUCUGUUCUGCACUGAAAGUUGCAAAAGGUAAUCUCGAGCUUUUGGACUUGUCGGGAAACACUUGGUCCAAUCAGCCGGCUCGCGAGGCCUUGCUUAGCGGAAUUGAGCGUGAUGGGAGGCCCAUUUUACUUCUUCCCUCAUCAUCAGCCCCAGAUGCACCUUAUGAUGAUGAUCCCUAGUUGUUGAUGCACUACAUGUUGAAGUCACCGGGGUCGCUGAUCACUGCAUUGAAGCUAUAUGCCAGUAUCAAGCACAUUGAAUGAAACUUUGUGCAUAAUACUUGUUGGCUCUUUUUUCUUGCAUCCUACGGAUUGCAGUUGUUCAACACUCCGACAGUUCUGUUUUAGUCAGUCCUACCACCCGACACACACACACACACACACGUAUACAUAUCAAUCUGAUUCAAGCUGUGCCAACUUUUUCAGCCUGUUGUAGCUAUAUGAGAUUUCUUUCUCUGGCA